AUUAUUUUGCCAAAAGAAAAAGAGAAAAAGAAAGCUUAAUAUUAUUUUGCCAAUAUCACAUUCGCUCUCAUUUCAGUUGCUUGCUCUUUAAUCCAGUCGCCGCUUGUUCUGUCCCACGGCGACGGCGAGUCUCUUCCGUCAAAAGACCCACGCCAACCUACUACUGACCGCGAACCGUCGGCGCGACUGCAUCCCCUUGCGGCAGCCAUACCUGUAUAUUCGAGCCCUCUCCUUCUGACGGUCAAGAGACCUACGGCGACUAUUCAGUACUGUACGGAAGUUUCCCUCAGCCGUAGGGAACCUCUUCUCUUCUCCGGAUUAUUCUAGCAACAGCUCACUGGAGAAAGGGACCAAACACAAUGAAACGGAAUCCAGGUGUUGAAAAUGUGUCUGGUUCUUCAUCUUCUAAGCCAUUACAUGCUGCUGUUGAUAACAAACCCGUCUUCUUAACUAAAGCCCAACGUGAACAAUUAGCUCUUCAACGACGCCAAGAUGAAAUCUCUCUUCAAAGACGCCAUCAAGACCAGCUUCUUCUCUCUAAUUCUCAGAAACCUUUGCCCGAUUCUGUUGACAACCACAAACCUUCUGAUUCUGACCGUCGCGAUCGUGAUAGAGGACGAGACCGAGAAAGAGAUCGAGAUCGCGACAGGGCUCGCGAUCGGGAAAGAGAUCGUGACCGGGAUUUGGAGCGACGGAAUCGUGAGAAGGAGCGCGAGGAAGAGGCCAAAGCUCGAGAGCGCACACGCUUAGAGAAGCUAGCAGAACGAGAGCGUGACAAGGAGUUGGAUGCCAUUAAAGAACAAUAUCUUGGCUCUAAGAAGCCUAAGAAACGUGUUAUUAAACCUAGUGAGAAAUUUCGCUUUUCAUUUGAUUGGGAAAACACUGAGGAUACUUCUCGAGACAUGAAUUUGCUAUAUCAAAAUCCUCACGAGGCCCAACUUUUGUUUGGACGAGGGUUCCGUGCUGGAAUGGACAGAAGAGAGCAGAAGAAACUUGCGGCUAAGAAUGAGAAGGAGAUGAGGGAGGAGAUCCGAAAGAAAGAUGGUGUGGAGGAAAAACCAGAGGAGGCUGCAGCUCAAAAACUCAAGGAAAAAGCUGCUGAUUUGUAUGACUCAUUUGAUAUGAGAGUUGAUCGGCACUGGAGCGAAAAGAAGCUAGAGGAGAUGACUGAGAGGGAUUGGAGAAUUUUCAGGGAGGACUUCAAUAUAUCCUAUAAAGGAUCCAAGAUCCCUCGCCCCAUGAGGAGUUGGACGGAGAGUAAGUUGACAACGGAACUUCUUAAGGCGGUAGAAAGGGCUGGUUAUAAGUCACCCUCCCCCAUUCAGAUGGCUGCCAUUCCAUUGGGUUUACAACAACGUGAUGUUAUUGGGAUUGCCGAGACUGGUUCUGGUAAGACUGCUGCCUUUGUUCUUCCCAUGCUUGCUUAUAUUACAAGGUUGCCUCCCAUCAACGAAGAGAAUGAGGCAGAAGGGCCUUAUGCGGUAGUGAUGGCUCCCACUCGUGAACUUGCUCAGCAGAUUGAGGAUGAAACUGUCAAAUUUUCUCAUUAUUUGGGUAUUAAAGUGGUUUCAAUUGUUGGAGGUCAAUCUAUCGAGGAGCAAGGAUUUAAGAUCAGGCAAGGUUGUGAGGUUGUCAUUGCCACUCCUGGUCGUUUGCUGGAUUGUUUGGAGAGGCGUUAUGCUGUACUUAAUCAAUGUAAUUAUGUUGUUCUAGAUGAGGCUGAUAGGAUGAUAGAUAUGGGUUUCGAGCCUCAAGUUAUGGGGGUUUUAGAUGCUAUGCCUUCAAGCAAUCUUAAACCUGAAAAUGAGGACGAGGAGCUUGAUGAGAAAAAAAUAUAUCGAACUACAUACAUGUUUAGUGCUACCAUGCCACCUGCUGUGGAGAGACUCGCUAGAAAAUAUCUAAGAAAUCCUGUUGUUGUUACCAUUGGAACUGCUGGAAAGGCAACUGACCUAAUAUCUCAACAUGUUAUUAUGAUGAAGGAAUCAGAGAAGUUUUAUAGAUUACAGAAUUUGCUUGAUAACCUGGGUGACAAAACAGCUAUUGUUUUUGUUAACACCAAGAAGAAUGCCGAUACUGUUGCCAAAAAUUUGGACAAGGCAGGGUAUCGUGUUACAACUUUGCAUGGUGGGAAGUCACAAGAACAAAGGGAAAUUAGUCUUGAAGGGUUUAGAACUAAGAGAUAUAAUGUUCUCGUUGCCACAGAUGUUGCUGGUCGUGGAAUAGAUAUUCCUGAUGUUGCUCAUGUCAUAAACUAUGAUAUGCCUAGUAACAUUGAAAUGUAUACACAUCGUAUUGGACGUACCGGCCGUGCAGGGAAAACAGGUGUGGCCACUACAUUUUUGACUUUACAAGAUUCUGAAGUCUUUUAUGAUCUUAAGCAAAUGCUUAUCCAAAGCAAUAGUCCUGUGCCUCCUGAAUUGGCAAGGCAUGAAGCGUCUAAGUUCAAGCCUGGUAGUAUUCCUGAUAGACCUCCUCGACGUAAUGAAACUCUUUUUGCACAUUGAGAGGCAUGUUUCUGAAGACAUUUACAUGGUCAAAAUUCUCUAUCGGUUACAUGGUUGCUUUGUUUUACUUUUAUAUUUAGUAAAUUUUGUUCUCAUUGUAAUUUUAAGAUGUUCUUGGCAUUAGACGAGUUUUUACUUUUUAUUUCUCUUUGUGUUGCCUUAAAAUCUAUUCGAUUGGACUUACCUAUGACAAUUUCUACCCAGUUUUAUCAUUGGAUAUCGUGCUUGAUUUUCAAAUUUACAGAUAUAUUAAAUGGUGAAACAGCCAACUGACUUGGGGUAUCUAUUUGCUCAAUGAUUCUUUUUUUCUUUCCGUUGUAUUUUCUGCAUAUCUGCAUAGUGUUUGGGGAGUCUAAUGCAAGGGUUUUAUGAAAUCUACUUAUAAAGUUUAUGCAAAUCGACCAAUAACUUUAAUAUUCCAGUAGGUUUAGAGGCUAGAGCUCUGUGUUCCCUAGUGAGAAGACUUUCUUGGAACUGCCCCAUUUUAUACAUGAAGAUUAUGCUUAAUGAUAUACAAGGAAGUUUACCAUAGGGUACAAUUGUGCAUCCAUCUUCUUCCUGCGUUAGAAUUUAUCAGCCAAAUUGUUUGUUGAACAAGAACUGUCCACAGGGGCGGCUGCUGCCGCUGCUUCAGGAUUGAGCACUCUCUUCUUGACUUCGAUUUAGCAGAAAAUGACAAAGAAUGACAGGACCAGCGAUGCUAGUGUCCAGGUGGACUGAGAGGGUUCACUGGGAAACUUUGAAGAGGUUGCGCUUCCUUAACGCUAAGAGGAACCAUUUGGAAGCACUUUUUAGUACUGCACUUGAAGUCUCUGAUCAAACUUUGAUGGGUAACUAAUUUUAUAUUCAUUUAUCGGCAUGAUGUUCAUUUUUCAAUUAUGUUUAAUUUAUUGGCAUCCCUUUUAAUUUUGAUAAUUGAAAGUACAAACUCAGGUUUUGGUUGAAGGUUUCUGUGUUCUACUUCUAGACAAUAUGGUGAAUCAGUAUACAGCUCGUGUUCACUAUAGAACUCUUCCUUUAAUUUUAAGUGCCUGAAAUAUAUGGACAUGGAUACUGGAAAAGCGACAAUUCUCGGCUGCCCACUCUUUUUAUUAUAAUGCAUGGUUAGGUAUAUUAUGCUUUCAGGACAAAUUUGUCCUAUGAGUUUCUUCAGAAGUCAUAAGAGGGACUAGGAAACUUAUUCUACCAGUUAAGAUUUUGCUGGAGAGGUAUGAAGAAGAUCCAAAAGCUUCGGUGGUUGAGCUCUAGGCAAUGCUGUUUGAGGCUAUACUAAGCUUUUUUUUCUUUUUUUUCCUUCUAAGAUCUGAUUUGAUAGAGAAUUAAAAACUAAUCCUUUCAUUCCAAUUUCUCUUUGAACCUUGGAUAAUGUAAGUAGGCAUGAAGCUGGUUUGGAUCACCUGGACCCUAGUGUGGUUAGUUUGAUGGCUAAUUAACAAUGAGAUCAUCCUGUAGAAGCUGUAUUGUUACAAAAGAAAGAUUGUUGAUUACUGAAAUCUACGAACUUACAGGCGUGUGGAACACAAUAACAUAUCAAGACCUCUUGGAAGAAACUGAUGAUGAUGCGGUUGCUCUAGUCUUUUCAAUCUCAUGAAAGGAGUAUCCUAAAUCUGCAUUUUGAUCUUUUAUCCGCAUAGUUUAUAUUAAACCCUCAUUUAUGCCCUCCAUUUUGUUGUCGCCAUUCUGCUGUCAGUGCUUAUUCGAGUUCUCCAAAAGUUUGCUCAAAUUUGCCAGUGAACAUGACUCUAGACGUUGGUAUCAUAGGGUGAAGUUGAAGAUUAUCAAAGUUCCUUAAUUCUUUUUAUUUUUUAUUUUUUUUAUUUCUUUUUCACUCUUUUCAUUAUAGCAUGGACAAUUUUUUCUUAGUUAGUCGAUAACUACUUAGGCUCCUUUAUAAUUGCCUCGUUGAUGAUCUGCCAGAAAUCAAGUAUGCUAUAUAUGACAUGGGAUUAUUAGUGUAUGAUUACUUGAUUGUCAAGUUCAAUAGAGCUUCCAUUCUACUGCAGAGCUCUCUUUAAAAGAUAUCACAUUCUUGCUGUUGGUGUAGAGAGAGCAUAACAUUGUGAUGCUGAUUAUGGUAUCAGGUGAAUUGAUGGCAUUACUUCUUCUGAAGUUCAUCUUCGCAGAACGUUGCAAAUCCUGAGAGUUCUCAACCCUUAGCAUCAAUUUUUUCACUAUGAUGGCUGUGAAUGUGUGGCAUUAAUUGUAACCAUCUCUGCAAGAACAUUUUUGAAAGUGCCAUGAGCUGGAGUGUUAAAAGAGGUUCACUUCCCUUUGGUUUUUGGAAUUCUUUUUUAAUUACAUUUCCGAGCGUUUAAUUUAAAUAAUAAUUUUUUUUUCAAAAUUAGAGUGUUUGAAACUAUUUAUUUUAGAUAUAUUUUAAACAAACUUUUAUAAAAAUGGUUUAAAUAAAAAUGAGUUUUGUUAAUCUAAAUGGACCUUUAAUUGUAAAUGGACCAUUUAGAUUCAUUAAUAAUUAAACUAGCUCAAACUGUUUCAGCAAUAUAAAGCAAGUUGAUUCACAAUAAGCUGUUUUGCCUUUGAUUAGUUAUAAUAUAUCCCGUAACUGUGCAACUGAACUUGUUUUUUUCUUUUCUUUUUUUAUUUUUUUUUUUAUAGAUAAAGUAACAAUUUUGUUGAUGUAUAAAAUUUAUAGAAAGGGCAAAUUGUAUGGAAUUACAAUAGGCUUGUCCAAAAAUUGUUGAUGUAUAAAAUUUAUAAAAAGGGAUAAACUGUAUUUACAAUAGGCUUGUCCAAUUACAUGAAAGGAAAGUUGACUGUAAGUAUAAGUAUUCUUGACCCCCAAAACAUUAAAAAAAAAAAAAAAAAAAAAAA